AUUAUAAGAUUGUGUCCGUCAAGUGCGUUUUCCUUCACAAAUCACGACAACUACAACCAUCCCACCAGGACUCUCUUCUUUUUCCUCCUCUUUUGCUCUAAAUUUCCUUUCCUUCCAAUCCAAUUUCAUCCCAUUUUUACAAUUUUCUUCUUAUUUUUUCGUAUUUUUCUUUCCUCCUUCUUUCCUCUUUUCACCCUUCCCCUUCCCAUGACAGAUUACUACACUUAAUUCUUACUACCACCACCUUUCCCUCUGUCCAUUCUUUCUCUCAGUAAAAACAGAGUGAGAGAAAUAUAGCAGAGAAGUACUGUAAGAGAAAUGGAGAGAAGAAGGGAGAAAUAGCAGAUGAGGAAAAGCCUGAUGAGCACGAUCAAGAGAUGAAAGACGGAGAGAGAGUACCAAAGAGAAAACUAGGACUAGAAAGACAGUGGGUCAAAGAGCGUUAGAGAAAAGACAAGGGCAAGAUAGAGUUAGAGAGAGAUAGUGUUUGUGUUAACGUGUGUGUGUAAGAGAGAGAGCGAGAGGGAUGGAGAGAGAAAAGGAGGGAUGGAGGGAGGAGGGGUUUAAUCCUGCCUGGAUUAUGGUAUAAACUGGUGCUAGAGAGCAGGAAGCGAUACGCUGGAGAUAGAGAGAAAGUCCCACUAUCCCUCCAUCCAUCACUCCAUCCAUCUUACUCUCCAUCCGGUAGUGUAAUCGUGUCCCAGUGCUGCAUGAUUGUGGUUUGGAUCCACCAGAAUGUGAGGUCAGCAGCAAGGAAUCAUUUAGGAAAGGACGGCAGAAAAAACUGAAGUCUCUUUGGGAAUAUGUGUGGGUGCGUGUCCUGCUUGGGAAUACUUUGCUGUCAUAACAAGGACUGAACUCGUGUGAAGACAGAAGUUCACCAGGACGACCCAAGUCUUUCAUCACUCUCCUUUUUUCCCCCGGCAUCCUGUAGAUCCAAGAGAGGGAGCAUGGAGGAGAGAAGUGGAUGAUGGGAGGAGUAGAAAUAGGAUUAAGAGGUGUAGGAAUAUGGCGGGACUCCAUCAUGACUCCCGGUGCGCAGAGGUGACCUUUGACAUUGGAGACAAGAGCUUUCUAGACUCUAUUGUAUGCCGGGGUAACCAUCUGAGCUGACAUCAAAUUAUCAGACACUGUAUUUGUCAUCAGUCAUAUUUGAACUUUCUUUCUACACCCACAUGUCUCAAAGGGAAUGGUUUUAAAGCUUUGACCACAUGACAUAGAGCCAGCGUAAAACAACUGGUGGACUGAUGCAGAUCGCAGCAGCUGCAGGGAUGAACUGCUGGAGCUGGGGAAACGCUGGGAAUGCCAGUAAAUCAGACAGAAGUGGGCCGCACAGAGGGAGGCUGAUGACGCUGCUGUGGAUUAUCCUCUCCAGCUCGCUGUGCCUGAUGGUCGACGGCCAGAUGAAGAUCUCACCAGAAACGGUGCAGCAGUGGGCUGUAUCCUUUGGCAAAGAGAUAGCUGCCCUGUCCGCCAGAUACUCUGGAGCCAAACUGCUACAGAAGAAAUACAAGGAUAUUGAGGGUGUGGUGAAGAUAGAGGAGAUGGACGGAGAGGAGCUAGUAAAAAAGUUUGCUGAGGAGAUGGAGGAAAUGCUUGGGAGGAAGAUGAAAUCUGUGAAGAGGUUGGCAGAAGCAGCAGAGGAUGCUGACCUUUAUCACGAGUACAAUGAAACACUGAAGUUUGACUACUAUAAUUCCAUGCUGAUCAACACGGUGGAUGAGGAUGGGAAUCCGGUGCCUCUGGGGGGAGAAUUCUCACUGGAAACAAAUGAGCACUUCAAUAAAAUGCCAGUCAACACACAACAGAGUAACAUACAAGUCCCUACUAAUGUCUACAACAGAGAUCCAGAUAUUUUGAAUGGAGCCUAUAUGUCCGAAGCUCUGAAUGACGUGUUCGUUGAUAACUUCCAGAAAGAUCCAACUCUCACCUGGCAGUACUUUGGUAGCGCUACAGGCUUCUUCAGGCUGUACCCAGGGAUCCAGUGGAUUCCAGAUGAAAAUGGUGUGGUCACCUUUGAUUGCAGAAACAGAAACUGGUAUAUCCAGGCAGCCACGUCACCAAAAGAUGUGGUGAUCGUGGUGGAUGUCAGUGGCAGUAUGAAGGGACUCAGACUGACCAUAGCCAAACACACCAUCAAUACAAUCCUGGACACACUGGGAGAAAAUGAUUUUGUUAACAUCAUAGCUUACAGUGACUAUGUUCGCUAUGUGGAGCCCUGCUUCAAGGGCAUACUGGUACAAGCUGAUCUGGAUAACAGAGAGCAUUUCAAGCUUUUGGUUAAAGAGCUUCAUGUCAAAGGAGAGGGCAAAGUGAAAAAUGCAAUGAAGGAGUCUUUCAAGAUCCUCAACGAGGCUGCAGCGCUGGGCCAGGGCAGCCUGUGUAACCAGGCCAUCAUGCUGAUAACAGACGGAGCCAUGGAGGACUUCCAGGAUGUUUUUGAAGAGUUCAACUGGCCAGAACGGCGGGUUCGAGUGUUCACCUAUCUGAUUGGACGAGAGAUGACAUUUGCUGACAAUGUUAAAUGGAUUGCCUGCAACAACAAGGGUUACUACACACACGUCUCCACACUUGCUGACGUCCAGGAAAACGUUAUGGAAUACCUCCAUGUUCUCAGCCGGCCAAUGGUCAUCAACCACGAUCAUGACAUCAUCUGGACUGAGGCCUAUAUGGACAGUGUGUUCCCGAGCACACAAGAGCUGUUCAACACUCAGGCCCAGAGCCUGCUCCUUAUGACCUCGGUAGCCAUGCCUGUGUUCAGCAAGAAGAAAGAGACUUUGUCUCAUGGGAUUCUGCUCGGAGUGGUAGGAACUGAUGUGGCCUUAAGAGAACUGAUGAGAUUAGCUCCAAGAUACAAGCUUGGUGUCCAUGGUUACGCGUACCUCAUCACCAACAACGGCUACAUCCUAUCUCAUCCUGACCUACGACCUCUGUAUAAGGAAGGGAAGAAGCUAAAGCCAAAACCCAACUAUAACAGUGUUGAUCUGUCAGAGGUGGAAUGGGAAGACACUGAGGAGAAACUGAGGACAGCCAUGGUUAAAGGAGAAACUGGAACGAUGUCUUUAGACGUGAGAACUUCAGUGGAUAAAGGAAGGAGAGUGAUGUUCCUGAAGAAUGAUUACUUCUACACUGUCAUCAAUGAGACACCAUUCAGUCUGGGUAUAGUGUUGACUAGGGGAUAUGGAGAGUAUAUCUUCAUCGGAAAUGUCUCUGUUGAGGAGGGUCUCCAUGACUUACUGGCCCCAGACCUGACCAUAGCCAGUGAAUGGACCUACUGUGAGACAGACAUUGACCCGGCCCAUCGUAAGCUGAGCCAGCUGCAGGCUGUGGUGCUGUACCUCACUGGCAAAGAACCAGAUCUGGAGUGUGAUGUGCUGUUGUUGCAACAAACUCUAUUUGAUGCUGUGGUCACAGCUCCUAUGGAAGCCUACUGGACCGCCCUCAUGCUCAACACUUCUGGUAUGGACGAGGGGGUAGAAACAGCGUUCUUGGGGACCCGUUCAGGUCUGCUGAGAUUCCAGAGAUACACUGGUAUUGAGAAAAGAACUGCCAAGUCUUUCCUGACCUCCACAGACAAGGAGAAUAUGUUCACAUUGGACCAUUUCCCAGUGUGGUACCGCAGAGCAGCCGAGUACCCAGCUGGACAGUUUCUAUACUACAUGCCCAGACAGGAGACUAGAGAUAAAUUCAGGGACUAUGAGGCUGACUAUAGCGCCACCUUGAGUGCAGAGGGAGGGAGAAAACGAAGGGAAGCGGAUGAGGAGGAUGAGGCAGGGAGGAUAGUGAUUGCUACCACUGCUGUCACUGUUACGGUGAGCAAGAAAACUGCCAUCGCUGGAGCCAUCGGUGUCCAGAUGACUUUGGAGGUGAUUGAGUCCAGAUUCUGGGCCAUCGCAGCACAACCAAGUGACACAGAUUGCUCUAAUGUAGAGGGGACUUGUCCUCUUCGGUGUGACAGCUUUGAUAUCGAGUGCUACGUGAUUGACAAUAAUGGCUUUGUCCUAAUUUCCAAACAGCGCAAUGAUGCGGGAAGAUUCUUUGGCGAGGUUGACGGAUCAGUGAUGACCACACUAAUCAGAAUGGGCAUGUUCAAAAGGGUGUCCUUGUUCGACUACCAGGCCAUGUGUAAGAUGAACUUGCACUCUGUCAGCAGCGCCCGUCCACUUCUCAGUCCGUUCUAUGGUUUGGCUUCAGCCCUCAAGUGGUUCCUCUCCAACUUCCUGCUGUUUCUCCUGGAGUUUAAUAUCUGUGGCUUCUGGCACACGGAGCAUUUCGCUGAUGCCAAGCCAUCUUUCAGUGUGUCCUCAGCUCAGAAGAAAAAAGGGGACAUCCUGCAGCCGUGUGACACCGAGUACCCCAGCUUCGUCUACGAGCCGUCAGUCAAAGAGACCAACAGCAUUAUUAAGUGUGGACGCUGCCAGAAGAUGUUUGUGGUGCAACAGAUACCAGAGAGCAACCUGUUGAUGUUGGUGGUGCAGGCAGACUGUGACUGCUCCAGACAGUACCCACCCAUUACCAUGGAGCCCAAGGAAGUCAAAUAUAAUGCCUCAGUGAAGUGUGACAGGAUGAGGUCCCAGAAGAUUCGCAGACGCCCCGAGUCCUGCCACGCCUACCACCCCCAGGAGAACGCCAAUGAUUGUGGAGGAGCUGUUGUUAUAUCUCUCUCUGCCUCUCUCUUCCUCACCUGUCUCUCCUUCUCGUCACUUGUCUCCUGAUGAUGGACAACAUUGCUGUUUCUCAUAUAAAGGAGGAGAUUGAAAUUAAUCAAGAAAUGUGUUUGGACACAGGACACCUCGAGUGGAUUUUUUUAAGUACCUAAUACUGCACAUUUUGCUCAUGACAACCACAAAUCUAGUCUCUUAAUGAUGGACCUUUGAUGUGGUUUUUGAGCAUUUACUCCUGGAAAUUAUUACAUCUGAACUGAAAUCUGCAAAGAAAGCAAGUUAAUUGUUGUUGCCAUGGAUACUUUUCCAUUAGUUACUUUCUCAUACACCACUUUGCAUCUCAAAAUGAAAAGGGACUAAAUAGAUGCAGGUGGUAGCUAUGACGUGCAUUGAUAAAAGGGGAUUAUGAGUCACAAGAUGCAACAAAGUCCAGGGGGGGAAAAUAUGUCUCUCAUUUACCAUAUCCCACUGAACUGAGUAUUGCAGACACAAGUGCAUAUUAUAUAUGCAGCUGCAAGCAUGCACACCUCAAAUACUUUAUUAUCCUGAAUGCUUCAUCUACAGACUAUCAUACAUGCUCUUUUAAACGCUGAAUGAGAGAAGGGAGAGAAGGGCUACAGCAAUAUACGGUAAGCAUUGUUGUGUGAUCAGUGUUGCUGCUAGAAGUCAUGUUUUACAAGUUUUUUUGCAAUAUUAAUUUCUCUGAAUCGUCUGCAAAUCUCAGAGGGUGAUGGCUCAGUGCCAAGAAAGUAAUAGCAAAUACAAAAAUGUAAUAAAGAUAAUCACAAAAUCAGAAUGGGAAGUUCCUUCAGGAUCUAAUGUUUUGAGUUUUUACUUGGUUGACAACCCUAAAAACAUUUGUUUCUGUGACAUAUCUUUUAAAAAAAUGUCUGCCUUUCUGUCUUUAUCAGCUGUGUCUUUCUGUGUGUUUGUGCAUACUGUAUGUAAUUAUGUUUGUCUAUUUGGCUGGACAUCGUUGUGGAAACAGGGUGUAGAUCCACAAUCAACAUGGAUAACACAAUGAUGAACUUAAAUCCAAAAUGUGUUUAGAUAAUAUUUUUUCAUGCAGUUACAUGGUUUCAAUGCAAAUCUAGUACAUAUUGUAUACCCUGCAAAAGAUGCUCAUAAAUGUUUCUGGAAUUAAAACAAAAGGUGUCUUUUGAGGCAGUGACAAUGCAUUUCGGGGAGACUGUAGUUUUUGGAUACUUAGGCCCCAAGGUCAUGCAACUGCUACUUAUUACUUUGCAUAAAUAACAAUAUAAUUUUAUAAAUUCAUGAUUGAAGCAAAAAAAAGGAAUGCGCUCUGGGAAAUAAGAUUGUCAUUAUGGAAAAAACUGUUAAAUUCUUAUUGUGUAAUUGCCUAAUUUUGGAAAUGUCAUAUACUGUAUGUAACUGCAAUGUAAAUUAACAGUGUAAAUCCAAUUGCAUAGGGUAUUUUUGUAUUUGCUUGUGUUUCAUAUUUUGAACUUCAGCAUUUCAUUGUAUUUUGGGCUGUGAGUGUCCCUGUAACUUUUUCUAUGCUAUUUCUGAAUCAACUUACAAAGCAUGUCUUUAAGUUGAGCUUACUCUGAUGACAAAAUUGCCUGAGAAUUUGCCUGUUUAUGUAAUAGACUCAGAUACAUAUUGUGUGUGUGUGCAUCAUUACAGUAUGAUCUGUCUUGCUUAGAGUAAUUUCAUUCAUCUGUCUCAUUUUUGUUUAUAAUUUCCACUAUACAAUAUUCUGUAUAUUAUAUGGUUGACAUAUGUCCACGUUGUAUGUUGUUUGACUGAAGCCAUGAUUUGUACCAAGUAAAUUAAAUUAUCCAUAUAGUUUUUGUACUGUA